GUUGCUGAGCAACGCUUGCCCGCUGAAUCUGGAGGUUUUAGCUCUAGUCAAGUGCCAAAAGAGCCCAAUGUGUGUUCGGAUUUCAAUUCUCCAGUCAGCGUCAGAGUUGGAGGCCUCAAUUUUAAAGAAGGCAAAGCCAUGGUCAUCGUUGCGGGUAAGAAACAACGCAGAAGCCUCUUCCACCCCCAAAUUUAAUGCAACAGCAGGCGGAAGACCUGCAGGGUCCCGUUCAGAAAAAGGGCCGUCAGGCUGUCGAGCCUAAGAAUAAAAAGACCCUGUUUCUCUUAGACACCCGGUUAGCAAGGCAACAUCGCUGGCCUCCUGCCCUGGACACUUAUCACCCCGGUCCUGCUGCGGCCGGGUUUAGCCGGCCCAGCGAGGAAGGAAGCCGAAAGAGCCAGGUUUUUGCUGAGGGGGAGCGAUGUCUGCGACGCACCGGAAGCGGCUCCGAGGAAGGCCUGUGGGAGUCUCGGAGACGUGUCUGUCUGUGAGGCGCUGGGUGCACUUCCCCAGGGCUCUGGGCUAGGAAGGCAGCGGCGAGGUGCCUCCCCACGUACCCCUCGCGGGCCCAGCCGAGCAGCGUGGGGCGAAGGCGGCGGCGAAGGCCCGGGCUGGGAGCGUUGGCGGCCGGAGUCCCAGCCAUGGCGGAGUCUGUGGAGCGGCUGCAGCAGCGGGUCCAGGAGCUGGAGCGGGAACUUGCCCAGGAGAGGAGUCUGCGGGUCCCGAGGAGCGGCGACGGAGGGGGCGGCCGGGUCCGCAUCGAGAAGAUGAGCUCAGAGGUGGUGGAUUCGAAUCCCUACAGGUAACCUGCGUCGCCGGUCGGAGGCAGGCGCGGGGGACGAGGUCAGGCUCCGUGAGGUCAGAAGUGAGGCGCUUCCCACGUCCCGCUCAUGGGGACGCCCGCCACCCUUUUCUUGGUCUGCGAAUCCUGUUCCCAAAUGGGCAAGGCCACAUCUUAGUACUGAUCGGAAGAUAUUCUUUCUCUUUUUAAAAAACCUCCAGUGAGUCAGCCAUAUGGUGCUGCUCCUGUGCCUGCUGAGGACGUGUGUCCAGUUUCCUAUCACCCUUGCCUCUUAAUUAGUCCGCCUCGCUGUGUAUAAGACUGAUAGUAAGAACUUUCAGAAGAUGAGAUCAAAUGUAAAACCUGCUAAGCCGCUUGAUGGCAUUGAAACGAAUGGGAAUUGUAAGCGACUAUGAGAAAAUCCGUACCUUUGCCGUAGCAAUAGUAGGUGUUGGUGGAGUAGGUAGUGUGACUGCUGAAAUGCUGACAAGAUGUGGCAUUGGUAAGUUGCUACUCUUUGAUUAUGACAAGGUGGAACUAGCCAAUAUGAAUAGACUUUUCUUCCAACCUCAUCAAGCAGGAUUAAGUAAAGUUCAAGCAGCAGAACAUACUCUGAGGAACAUUAAUCCUGAUGUUCUUUUUGAAGUACACAACUAUAAUAUAACCACAGUGGAAAACUUUCAACAUUUCAUGGAUAGAAUAAGUAAUGGUGGGUUAGAAGAAGGAAAACCUGUUGAUCUAGUUCUUAGCUGUGUGGACAAUUUUGAAGCUCGAAUGACAAUAAAUACAGCUUGUAAUGAACUUGGACAAACAUGGAUGGAAUCUGGGGUCAGUGAAAAUGCAGUUUCAGGGCAUAUACAGCUCAUAAUUCCUGGAGAAUCUGCUUGUUUUGCGUGUGCUCCACCACUUGUAGUUGCUGCAAAUAUUGAUGAAAAGACUCUGAAACGAGAAGGUGUUUGUGCAGCCAGUCUUCCUACCACUAUGGGUGUGGUUGCUGGGAUCUUAGUACAAAACGUGUUAAAGUUUCUGUUAAAUUUUGGUACUGUUAGUUUUUACCUUGGAUACAAUGCAAUGCAGGAUUUUUUUCCUACUAUGUCCAUGAAGCCAAAUCCUCAAUGUGAUGACAGAAAUUGCAGGAAGCAGCAGGAAGAAUAUAAGAAAAAGGUAGCAGCACUGCCUAAACAAGAGGUUAUACAAGAAGAGGAAGAGAUAAUCCAUGAAGAUAAUGAAUGGGGUAUUGAGCUGGUAUCUGAGGUUUCAGAAGAGGAACUGAAAAAUUCUUCAGGUCCAGUUCCAGACUUACCUGAAGGAAUUACAGUGGCAUACACAAUUCCAAAAAAGCAAGAAGAUUCUGUCACUGAGUUAACAGUGGAAGAUUCUGGUGAAAGCUUGGAGGACCUCAUGGCCAAAAUGAAGAACAUGUAGAUAAUGGACUGGGAUAUAUUGUAUUUCUCAUGUUAAAGCCUCUUCCCUUGAAAUUAAAAAAAAAUUUUAACUGAUAAAACUUAGGGCAACAUUAAUUAAUGUAUAUUCUUACCUGAAUUGUUAUACUUUUUGAAAAUCCUGUGACUUGCCUGUUUCUCCCCGCUCCAACGAAAUCAUUAACUCUCCUAAAAUGUGUUUCAUUCUAGUAAGAAAACCUCAAAGGAUAUUGUAGGAUAUAAAUCUUACUUGAAAACAUAGCUGUUGAAAUGUUUUGGCCUUUUGGAGUGGGGGAAGGACAAAUCUGAUCCUGUAAUCUUUUUCUUUCCAGUAAUCCCUUGUGUCUGUUGCAUGAGGACAUGGACAAUAAAGUAGUAUAUGAUCCUCAGAUACAGGGAGAAGGACAAGGCAUACAGCUUAUUGAUUAGAGCUGGCAAGCAUCUGCUCAUUAUGUUUGGAAUUGCUUUCUAUAAGAAAAUUGCCCACUACUACUAACUUGAUCAACAAUGAAUUCAAAAUAGUUAUCCCAUGAAAUAACAUCCUCUCAAAUGUUUGCUGAUGAAGUACAAGUUGAAAUGUAGUUAUUGGAAAAGUCUGUAACCUGUGGAUCAUAUAUAUUCAAAGUGAGACAAAGGCAAAUAAAAAGCAGCUAUUUUCAUGAACAGACAAAGUUGAUUUCAGGAAGUAUAAAUUAUAUUCUGCACCGACCAAGGAACAGAAAUUAUUGCAUCUGUGGAACAUAUAUCUGGAGUUACUAUACUUUACUGAAGAGCAAGGCAUAAAUUUAGACUAAAAUCCAUCCAGAUUACACUCAUUCUUUAGGCUACUCCUGGAUACUUCAUUUAAAUUUGAUUUUCGAGGUAGUGAGAUGUUGGCAAGGUUUGUCCUGUAUAUUAGGAAUAAAGGAAAAGUUCUAAACUGCCUCUGCAAUGACUUGUAGUCAGUGGAAGAGUAUCACUUUCCCCUGAUCAUGACCACUAAACUGUAAAUUGAUAUAAAUUAGUUUUCUCUCGAGUUACACCCAAGUAAUGAAGACUGAAGAGAACCUUGGUUGAAAUAAAUUUCCAAUAGUUUGGAGACUCAUAAAUACCAUGCAGGUGUAACCACUGCCAAUAGGCUGUUUCUAUGCUUAUUUCCUAUUUUGAUUUUUACUUUGAAGAUAGGAAUAUCUAAAUUAUAUCUCUAGGGAGAAAAUGUCGUAAAAAAUUAAAAGUACAUCCCUGAUUGUAAAAUAAAGUUCAAAAAACUGAUUUCAGAAA